CACACUCAUACAUGACAUGAGACAUCAGAGUCAGACAUUACCUUUCUCUGCAGGUGAAGCUCCACCUCUGCUGAUGAAUGGGAAGAGAAGUGCUGGAACUCAACAGUGAUCAGCAGCCGUCAGCCGGCUUGCAGUAAGGGACUACAUCUGAGAGGAACACUGGAAGGAAUGGCAGCUCAGCUGCUACACUGGCCCCAGACAUGCAUCUUCCUCUGUCCUUUCUUCCUCCCCUCUGCUUCUUCUCCCCUCAGCUGGAGGAUUAUUCAUGACAGAGUGCUGACCUUUGCUGCGCCCAGGCGCCCAUAG